GGGAGACUCAGCUCUGCUGGCUCCCAACCGCACCUCGUCCCUUGGGCUGAAGGCUCCAUUCCUCUCCCAGCCGCACUCAGUGCUGCUUCCUGAGAGCCCAGAGCGGAGCUGCUUACCCAGCCCUGCUCCCUGGAGCUCAGCACUGGCCUCCAGAUGGACCCCUGGCAUCUGAGGCAAAAGCAACUCUAAAGCCAGGAUUGGCCGGCUCCCACCCCCCAGUGCCCAGCCAGCCGGCGCUAGGAACCUUGGGGGCGUGACGAAGCUCAGCCUGUCUCCAGCAUGUGUUCCCGGGCCAGUCUGCCUUGGGCCCUGGCCACGAUGACGGGCCCAUCCCUCAGCCUCACUCACCUGCUCUCCAUUUCAGGACUGCUCUGCUACUCAGUUUGCUGCUUGGCCCUGCCCGGCCUGGAUCAGAAGAAGCGGGGCGGCCACAAAGCCUGCUGCCUGCUGGCGCCCCCUCCGCCCCCGCUGUUCCCGCCGCCCUUCUUCAGAGCUAGCCGAAGUCCGCUUCUCUCCCCAGACAUGAAGAAUCUCAUCCUAGAACUCAAGGGCACACAGCCCUCAUGCGUGCAAGGAUCGCUCGGAUCCCCUGGACCUCCUGGCCCUCAGGGUCCACCAGGGCUUCCGGGCAGGACAGGACCAAAGGGAGAAAAGGGGGAGCUUGGCAGACCCGGGAGGAAGGGUAGACCUGGCCCCCCGGGUGUUCCUGGUAUGCCUGGGCCCAUUGGCUCACCCGGCACUGAAGGACCCAGGGGUGAAAAAGGUGACCUGGGUAUCAUGGGCUUGCCAGGAUCUAGAGGACCAAUGGGCUCUAAGGGUUACCCUGGAUCCAGAGGGGAAAAGGGAUCCAGAGGUGAAAGGGGUGACUUGGGGCCCAAAGGAGAAAAGGGCUUCCCUGGAGUUCCUGGGAUGUUGGGGCAGAAAGGUGAAAUGGGUCCAAAAGGUGAGCCUGGGAUAGCAGGUCACCGCGGACCCACAGGAAGACCAGGAAAACGAGGCAAGCAGGGACAGAAGGGAGAUAAUGGAGUUAUGGGCCCACCAGGCAAGCCUGGGCCUUCUGGUCAACCUGGCCGACCUGGUCCUCCAGGUCCCCCAGGCACCCCAUCAGCAGGACAACUUGUCAUGGGACCCAAAGGGGAAAGAGGAUUUCCUGGGCCUCCUGGAAGAUGUCUUUGUGGGAAUCCCUUGAAUGUGAAUAACCCUUCCCAAGGGGAGUCCAUGUAUGGGCCCAGCUCCCCCAGAGUUCCUGUGAUUUUUGUGGUCAACAACCAGGAGGAGCUUGAGAGGCUGAACACUCAAAAUGCCAUUGCCUUCCGCCGAGACCAGAGAUCUCUGUACUUCAAAGACAGCCUCGGCUGGCUCCCCAUCCAGCUGACCCCUUUCUACCCCGUGGACUACACUGUAGAUGGCCGCUUCGGCACCUGUGGGGACGGGGUCCUGCAGCCCGGGGAGGAGUGUGACGACGGGAAUAAUGAUGCUGGUGACGACUGCAUCAGUUGUCACCAGGCCUACUGUGGAGACGGCCACCGGCAAAAGGGCGUGGAGGACUGUGACGGCUCCGACUUUGGCCAGUUGACGUGUGAGACCUAUCUCCCUGGGUCCUAUGGAGACCUGCAGUGCACUCCGUACUGCUACAUCGACUCCACACCCUGCCGCUACUUCACGUGAGGGUUCCUGGAGGAGGUGGCUGCACCCAGUGAGACCGGCAGCAGCUUCUCCACUCUCGUCACACUGACCUCGAGCUGUCCUGGUCCAGUUUCCGCCACCUUCGUGGGACAAGAACAAGGACAGCCUCCUGCUGCUAAGAUGCACUUUGACCUCAGCCUGACCAGAACAACUCAGGACCCUGCCUCCUGUCGCAGGCCCAGCUGGGAAGUGCGCCCGUCACCACCUUCUGUCUGGGGGCACCCUCCGUGGCCCUUCUCUCAGGAGGGGUCCAGCAGGUCAUAGACCUGACUUAGCACCUUAGACACAUACACCCGUGUCUGAGUUUGUUCUCGUCCCAUUUGGGGCGUCUGCACGCCUAUGACCUCCAGAAACUCAGGCGUUCUUGCCCAGGGCACCGGCUGUCACGUCUCUGGAGGCCUGUAAACCAUGAAGACUGGAAGUGGGCCUAUUCUCUCCUGGAGGCUCCCAUCUCUGGACCCCUCUAGGGAGCUGUCAGUGGGUCAGGAGGAGCCCCAACUGUGAAGAGAACUGAGGAUCCCUCUCUCCCCCACCAGCCUCUGCUCUACCCUGAACAGAAGUGGAGGCUCAGCAGGGUGCUCACCCCAAAGACUAGCCGAACAGUGGCCUUCACUUCUCAACCUCUCCCAAAGGGGCAGCUCUUCUCCAACACCACCUUGACCUGAGGGCUCGCUGCACUUUGACCUCUGCCACACGAUGUCCCUCAUGUCCAUUUCUGGCUUAGGAGAUUCGCUGGCAGAGUGUGACCUGGCAUCUAGGCCUGGCCGGCUAUGGGUGGUUCUUCAGUCCUUAGGAAAACCCUGCCCUGUUUUCCCGUCAAGAGCCCCGCUCCUGGGUGGGCGUUCUCGGCUGAGACCUCUGUGCUGAGUGCCAGAGCUGGCCACCUGGGACUGCCUGUGUCUCUGCAUCACAUAGCCUGUCCUCAUAUCUGCGUGCCAGGCCUGACAUUUCCCCAGGAACAUUCACCCUAUUUGUCUGGGUGCUUCCUUCAGCACCUCACCUGAGUGGGUAUAGUAGCUCUGUUCUGGAAAGAGGUCUCCCCUGUGGCGCACCUCAUUUGUUGACAGAUGGACGGACACUCCUGGGCCUUGUACACAGCUGUUAUGUGAACCUCAGUCGUGGGGACUCGUGGGCAGGGGCUUGUGGUCUAAGGCGGUGUUCCCAAGAGGUGAGUGCAUGGGUCAGCCUGACUCCCUCAGCCUUGCGGCCCUGUAAAGCCACCACUUCAGACUGGGGUCUGCAAAUGGGAAAUAAGGAAAUAAAAGCAGUU